AUGAUUCCUGGUACUUCUCAAGAAUAUGCAAAUAUUUACAUGGAUUGUUGGUAUUCAGAGCUGGAAAAACGCCCUAAAUUAGUUAGAAUUUUAAAUGAUCUUGAUAAUUUAUCAACAGAAACAAUUUGCAAAGAAGCAAUCAAUCAAAUUUUAGUUACGACUAUUUUUUCUGAUGCUAAACAGAAUGUAUCAAAAAUUGAAUUUGACAAAGAAUCACUUAUGAAUAAACCUGAAGAAGUUAAAUCUAAUAAUCCUAUAUUUGAAAAUACAACACCAAUAUCCUCCGCACAAGCUGUUUUCAAAACUUCUAAUAUUUUUACUUCCGAAGCUAAGGAUAAGAGACUUUUAAGACUACUUAUUCAUUUAUUUUAUUCAGAAAACAAAAAGUUCAGAGAUUUGGGAUAA